AUGCCUCGUAUACGGAAGAAGACGAGCAACCGGGGCUCGACCAACGACCGUCGAAAACUUCAGACAAAAGUUAGGGAGAGCAAGAAGAAGAAAGCCAAGGCUGCUAAAAAGAAUCCUCAGUGGAAAUCAAAGCAGAAAAAGGACCCUGGUAUCCCGAACGAGUUUCCGUACAAGGACCAAAUAUUAGCUGAAGUGCAGGAACAGCGUCGGUUGGCUCUGGAAGAGAAGCAACAGCGAAAGGACGCCAAGAAAGCCAAACCUACCACCACCACCGAGGAAGAUGAACCCAAAGGAUUCGACCCCGUCGCUAGCAUUGCAGCAAAACAUCUUGUGAAUGCGAAGACUACCAAAAUGACUGCUCCCCCUCGGCAGGAGGAGGAAGUGCCGGCGCUUGUCAAUAGAGACCUUCCAACCCUCAAGUCGGUGCUGGAGCACGCUGAUGUGCUGUUGGAGGUCUUGGAUUGCAGGGACCCCUUGGCGUUCCGGAGUUCUGAGCUCGAAAAGCUCGCACAGUCAGGACGGGUGGUGUUUCUGUUGAAUAAAAUCGAUAUCUGUCCGCGAGAAGCCGUCGCUGCGUGGGCCUCACAACUACGUUCUCAACAGCCUACAGUGCUCUUUCGUUCAGCUUCGGCGUUCAUUUCAGACGAAGUCCAGUGCCAUAAGCAGGAGAAAGGGAAGGGAAAACUGUCGGCUGACAAUGCCAUUGGUGUUGACGCGCUUUUGAAAACUCUGCUCCCAUGGGCAAAAGGCGAUAAACCUCUUGUCGUUGCAGUGGCUGGAUUCACAAACGCUGGGAAAAGCUCAGUGAUCAACUCCGUAGCGAAAAAAGCUGUCCUGCCUACGUAUAGCCUCGCGACUUCUUCCCGAGGCCCGACAACGACAGUGCUUCCUCAGGAGGUCACAAUCGAAGAGGGGGGCAAGAAGAUCAAGUUCGUUGAUACGCCUGGCCUGCUGUGGGUAGAUAGCGAGCUCACCGAGGAGUCUCGGACCCGAGACAUACUGAUGCGAAAUAAGGGAAGAAUCGAUCGUUUGAAAGAACCGACACCUGCAGUGGUACACAUCGUGUCGCGGGCCAAUAACGAGGACUUAAUGCUACACUAUAGUUUACCAGCAUUUUCCAAAGGCGAUGUAGAUGCAUUCCUCCCCGGCUUGGCACGGUCGCAUCAGCUCGUGAAGAAGCGGGGAAUGUUAGAUCUCGUGGGAGCUUCGCGUGUUGUUUUGCGUGAAUGGAAUUUGGGAAAGCUGCGCUGGUACACAAUGCCGGCUUCGAAGGAACCGGUGGAUUCAGAUGCCGAUAAGGGUGUUCUUGUUGCUUUAUCAACUCGGAGAGAGCUACGUAAGCGUGGAGGCUUGGUGAAGCUCAGCCCUGGUGUUGUUGAUACCCGACUGCCUUCUUUCGAGGAGCCUUACUCUGAAGAUCGUGAUGACGGAGAUGAGGACGGGGACGGGGAUGAGGACGAGGGCGAGGACGAGGGCGAGGAGGAAGAGGACGAGGAGAAUCAGGAUGACACCACAAUGUCCGACGAGGAAGAGGAGGAAACAGAGGAGGAAGAGGAGCAGGAACCACUGUCUCCUCCCCCCUUGUCCAGCAAGCAAAAACGUAAACGAGGGAAGGAAGAUCUUCUCCCCCCUAGCAAAAAGGUCACAUUCGCGUCCGCAGGCACGAAAAAGUCACACCCGAAGACUAGAGAACACACUAGCCAUAAAUCACAAGCCAAGGUUUUGGCGCCCAAGCCUGCGGAGAAGUCAGAGAGGAAGGUCGCUAACACAGCGCUCAAAACCAAGCCUACAAAGACCAAGACCAAAUCGGACAGUGAUGGCACCGAGGCUUAUGAUUUUGGCAAAUUCUUCUAG